UUAUCCUUUCUAACGGCCAACUCUCUUGACAUCUGUUUUCUAUUAACCAUAACCCCCAUCAAGGGAACUGAAAAGGCUAUUGGGGGGGCGGGUGCUGCUCUCUGAAAUACCGACUUUGGGAGAGAAAGCCAACGGGCCAGUUCCUGGUGCUCCUGUAAAAUGAAGCCUGCUUUAAUCAGACAUUCGUGCAAUUAGUUUUUCUCAGGCCAAAUAGCUGUCCACCGGAUUGUGUUUCUUCCUCCCAAACUCUUCUGCAAGUAACCAAACUAAUCCAGGAAGACUAAACAUCAUCUAACUAGGAGAACAGGAAUUCCUUGCUCAGACUUCUGGGAAAUGUAGUCCAUGCGACUGUGACAUCACAGGGAGCCGACCAAGAAAUCCCCUUCCGGCGUCUAGCACUCACAGGUAUAGCUUCCUCAAAGUUUGGCGAGAGUCCUGCCCUACACAACGCAUCUCAGACAUGGAGGAAAUGCUGUCUUUUUGGGAUGUGGCCAUUGAUUUCUCUCCAGAAGAGAGGGAAUGCCUGGAGCCUGCUCAGUGGAAUUUGUACAAGGAUGUGAUGUUGGAGAAUUACAGCAACCUUGUGUUCCUUGGUCUUGCUAUGUCUAAGCCAUACCUAGUGACAUUUUUGGAGCAAAGACAAGAGCCUUCAUAUGUGAAGAGACAAGCAGCAGCCAAUGUGCAUCCAGGAAUAACCACCAAUGAUUAUAACAUUUACAAGACCAUUGAUUGUAAGUCACUGUAUAUUCAACGCCAGAGAAUUCAUAAAAGGGAGAAACUCUACAAGUGUGACGAAUGUGGUAAAGGCCUUAGUUCUCAUAAAACACUUUCCAUACACAAGAGACUUCAUACUGGAGAAAAGUCCUACAUGUGUAUAGAAUGUCAUAAGACCUUUAAUACUCGUGAAUCACUUUUUAUACACCAGAAAAAUCAUACUGAUGAAAAGUCCUACAAGUGUGAGGAAUGUGGCAAAUUAUUUUACUAUCCUUCAAUGCUGAAGCAACAUCAAAGAAUUCAUUCUGGUGAAAAACCCUACAAGUGUGAAGAAUGUGGCAAAUCCUUUUAUACUCCUUCAGUGCUGAAGCAACAUCAAAGAAUUCAUACUGGAGAGAAACCAUACAAGUGUAUAGAAUGUGGCAAAGCUUUUUAUGAAUCAUCAAUCCUUCAGGUACAUAAGCGAAUUCAUACUGCAGAGAAACCCUACCAGUGUGAAAAAUGUGGCAAGUGUUUUUGUUCAUCUUCAUACCUUAGACAACAUCAAAUAAUCCAUUUUGAACAAAAACCCUACAAGUGUGAAGAGUGUGGCAAGUGCUUUUGUUCAUCUUCAUCCCUUAGAAGACAUCAAACAAUCCAUUCUGAAGAUAGUGCGUUCAAGUGUGAAGAGUGUGGCAAAAGGUUUUCCUACUUUUCACACCUUCAAGCACAUCAGAGAGUCCAUACUGGAGAGAAACCAUACAAGUGUGAGGAGUGUGGUAAAUGUUUUUCCUCAUGUUCAUCUCUUAGAAAACAUCAACCAAUCCAUUCUGAAGGGAAUCACUACAAGUGUGAGUCGUGUGGUAAAUGUUUUUCCUUAUCAUCAUCCCUUAGACGACAUCAAACAAUUCACUGGGAAGACAAUCCCUACAAGUGUGAAGAGUGUGGCAGACGUUUUUGCUCAUCUUCAUCCCUUAGAGGACAUCAAACAAUCCAUUCUGAAGACAAUCCUUAUAUGUGUAUACACUGUGGUAAACGGUUUUCCUGUUCUAGGCGUCUUCAGGAACAUCAAACAGUUCAUACUGGAGAGAAACUAUACAAGUGUGAAGUAUGUCACAAAGCCUUUUGUUAUCGAUCAGGCCUUAGGAGACACAAGAGAGUUCACACUGGAGACAAACCCUAAAAGUGUGAAGAGUGUGAUGAUGUUUUUCCUUAUUUUUAACUUUUAGACGACAUUAAAAAAGAAAUUCAUUCUGAAGACAAUCCCUAAAAGUAUGGGGAAUGUGCCAAAGACUUUGCUAAUUUUUAUAUCCUUACUCAACAUAUGAUAUAUGGAGUCAUCCAAGCUCCUGUAAUAUCUCCCCUUGGCCUUAGCAGCAAGGCAGCAGCUGCAGAGACACAGUCAUCAGCUGAGGCAGAGAUGGCAUCAGGUGCAGCUGCUGUGCCUCAUGAAAAACAACAGUGCCCACAGAGCAAUAAUGACAGGAAAGUUAUGAGAGGAACCAAUUAUUUUCUGAUUGGAUUUAAAGCUUAUCCACAAACAGUAACUGUUAAGGAAUUAAGAAAGGAAAAACCUAAGUCCCAACAGUUCACCUUUGGGAAAUUCUGGAUCACAGCAGACAGAUCUACCAGAAUCAGCUGCUAUAGAAAAGCAUUGACUAGGGAAAUGCUGUCAUUCUGGGAUGUGGCCAUUGAAUUCUCUGCAGAAGAGAAGGAAUGCCUGGAGCCUGCUCAGUGGAAUUUGUACAGGGAUGUGAUGUUGGAGAAUUACAGCAACCUUGUGUUCCUGGGUCUUACUGUGUCAAAGCCACACCUAGUGACAUUUUUGGAGCAAAGACAAGAGCCUUCAUAUGUGAGGAGACAAGCAGCAGCCAACAUGUAUCCAGGAACAACACCUAAUGAUUAUAACAUUUACAACAAAUCCAUUGAUUGUAACCCACUGCAUAUUCAACGCCAGAGAAUUCAUACAAGGGAGAAACUCUACAAGUGUGAAGAAUGUGGAAAGGGCCUAAGUUCUCAUAAAACACUUUCCAUACACAAGAGACUUCAUACUGGAGAAAAACCCUAUAUGUGUAUAAAAUGUCAUAAGACUUUUAAUACUCGAGCAUCACUUUUUAUACACCAGAAAAAUCAUACUGAUGAGAAAUCCUACAAGUGUGAAGAAUGUGGCAAAUUAUUUUACUAUCCUUCAAUGCUGAAGCAACAUCAAAGAAUUCAUUCUGGAGAGAAACCCUACAAGUGUGAAAAAUGUGGCAAAGCUUUUUAUGAGCUAUCAUUCCUUCAGGUGCAUGAGCGAAUUCAUUCUGGAGAGAAACCCUACAAGUGUGAAGAAUGUGGCAAAGCUUUUUAUGAACCAUCAUUCCUUCAGGUACAUCAACAAAUUCAUACUGCAGAGAAAUCCUACAAGUGUGAAGAGUGUGGCAAAAGGUUUUCUUACUUUGCACACCUUAAGCAGCAUCAGACAGUCCACACUGGAGAGAAAUCAUACAAGUGUGAGGAGUGUGGUAAGUGCUUUUCCUUAUCUUCAUCCCUUAGACGACAUCAAACAAUUCACUGGGAAGACAAUCCUUACAAGUGUGAAGAGUGUGGCAGAUUUUUUUACUCAUCUUUAUCCCUUAGAGGACAUAAAAAAAUCCAUUCUGAAGACAAUCCUUAUAUGUGUGUACAAUGUGGCAAACGGUUUUCCUGUUCUAGGCAUCUUCAGGAACAUCGAACAGUUCAUACUGGAGAGAAACCAUACAAGUGUGAGGAGUGUGGUAAAUGUUUUACCUUAUCUUCAUCCCUUAGACGACAUCAAAUAAUUCACUGGGAAAACAACCCCUACAAGUGUGAAGAGUGUGGCAGAUGUUUCUACUCAUCUUUAUCCCUUAGAGGACAUAAAAAAAUCCAUUCUGAAGACAAUCCUUAUAUGUGUGUACAAUGUGGCAAACGAUAUUCCUCUUCUAGGGAUCUUCAGGAACAUCAAACACUUCAUACUGGAGAGAAACUAUACAAGUGUGAAGAGUGUGGCAAAGCCUUUCGGUAUCACUCAGGCUUUAUGAAACAUAAGAGAGUUCAUACAGGAGAGAAAUCCUAAAACUGUCUUAAGUUUACUUCUUCAACACUUAAAACACAUCAAAUAAUUCAUUCUGACUACAAACUCCAUGAGUGUGUGAAGUGUGGUAAAAUCUUUGCUAACGAUUCAGGUCUUAUCCACCUCUAAUGCAUCCAUAGUGGAGAAUAUUAAGUUAAUUAUUUUGGAAUGUUAACAUGAACAUCUAACUUCCAAGAGCAUAAAUGCUAAGAAUGUCACCAGGGAAAAUUAUAGGCGUCUCUUUGCUGUAACCCCCAUCAGUUUGUUCAAGCAAUAUGUUUGAAAUUUGCCUUGAUUAAUGAGUCUUUUUCUUCUGUAACUAUAAAUGUUCCAUGAAACCUUUACCAUGUCAUAACGUUGUCCAUUUGGUGCCUGGAAUCUGAGGACUAGGCUGUGGCACAGUUGCUGUUGUUUUUCCCAGUGGAGUCAUUCAAACUUCAAACACUUCAGAGAUCUACAGAAUAUGGCAGUUAAGGUAUUUCAAUAAUGUAGAUUUUUUCUUUUUUUAUGAUAAUGAGACAUGUCUGCUCCUGGCAGCAUGAAUCUACUUCAGAGAAGAUGAUGAGCAUAGAAGAAACUCCUUAUGGAACUUACUUUAUUUGUGGCAAAAAUUAGCCACUGGGUAAGAAAGUGCCCUUACCUUGACUGCUGACAAUAUAUAAUCUCUGGACUAAGUACGGCAGAGACUCUGAAACUCAGCUGGCAUUUCUCAUUUCUCUUUUUAAUUUUAAACCCCAUUAUUUUGAAAGUAAAGAAGUUCAUAUGUGAAAAUUAACAAGACCUGAAAACUACAGUGUUGUGGAAUAUUAUUUUAACUAGGCAAAGAUGGGUUUCAUUUGUUUAUGCUGUGGAAUAUUACUUUAACUGUGUAAAGAUGUGUUACAUUUGUUACUGCUUCCUUGUUAACCAUGUAAAGAUGUGUUGCAUCUGUUUCACCUUGCCUGCCUAAGGCACCUGAUUGGUCUAAUAACAAGCUGAAUGGCCAAUAGCUAGGCAGGAGGGGGAUGGGUGAGGCUCACAGGCAGAGAGAAAAAAUGGCAAGAGAAUCUAGGAUGGAGGAAAAGGAAAAGAGAACAAGGCAGAGAGUGAUACAUCAGGACCGGAAGUCAGAAGGCUCCAGUAAACAAUGGAUACAGCAGGAAAGCAAGAUAUAUAGAAAAAAAGAAGGGUAAAAAGCCCUGCCACAAAAUGUACAUGAUGAGAAACAGGUUAAGUUAUAAGAGCCAGCAAGAAAUGAACCUAAGCUAAGACCAAGCAUUCAUAACUAAUAAGUCUCCAUGUCAUGAUUUCUGAGAUGGUUGGUGGCUCAAGAGAAACCCUGUUAUACUACAGAUCAUGAACUUCCAUACAUUUAGACUGGACAUUCAGAACAGAAUCUGAAGCGUUUACACUAGAUUUGACACUGUCUGCACUGAAUAUAUUUUAUGCAUUUAUACACCAUGAAACUAAAAUCCAUAUCAGAGUUGGAACCUGAAUAUCAGUUAUCUUAUGUCCUCUUACAAAACCCACAUUCAUUACCUGCUUAAAAAUUUCCUCAUCCCCUAAUAUUUAAUCUUUAUUCUCUUUUUUUACUUUACAUAGUAAACACACAUACACAUUUCUUUACAUGUAUACAUAUAUUGCUGUCUAUACUAACCAUAUGAGGGAGAACAUGCAGUGUAUUUCUUCAUAUGACUGUGUGAUCUCAACUUACAUACAUUGUGUGUCCAUCUAUUUUUCUGUAAGUAUUGUGAUUAUACUUUUUUAGAGUUAAAUAGCAUCCCCUCUGUGUGUGUAUAAUAAACAUAUACAUUUAUGUUUACCAACUUA